CCACGGCAGGCAGGCAGGCGAGCGGGGAGGCAGGCAGGGGCGCUGCGGGUGUGGCCGCUGCCUUCACCGCCACGGGCAGAGCGCGAACAAAGGCGGAGACGGGCGCCGGGCGGAGCUGUGCUCUUCGCGGCCCGGGCACUUCUCCUGCGCCGAGCGGGUCGGCCGGGAGGGCACCGCCGUCUGGUGUCCGGCGCAGCCGGAGCAGGGCCGCGGGAUGUGGGGAGCCAGCUGGAUCGCCUCCGAGCCGGCUUCGUCCUCCCAGGACAGCCUGGCGGGGAACGUGUGCGCCAUCGAGGGUCUCCCCCCGCUGCCCAAGGGGCUCAGCGGGAUCAUCAACUCCAGCGGAGGCUCGUGGCGCGAGAUCGAGAAAGUUUACAGCAAGAAGACGCGCAUCCAGGACGACCUGAGCAAGUCCCAGGCCGCCUCGGAGAAGCUGCUGCUCCGGACCAAGCCCGCCAACCUCGACUCGGCCCUGGCGGUGCUGCGCAAGGAGAUGGUGGGGCUCCGGCAACUGGACAUGUCUCUGCUCUGCCAGCUGUGGUCCCUGUACGAGUCCAUUCAGGAAUACAAGGGCCUCUUCCAGGACAUGUCUUCCUCGCUGCACUCGGAAGGCAGCCUGGCUGCUGAAAACGGCUUCUCGGAUGAGGACGAGGACUUCGAGGUGGAUCAGAUGAGCCCCGACGGGCACAAGGAAAACCCUCUGGGCCAGCGGCUCCGCCUGCUCCAGCCCCAGAACUCCCGGGAUCAGUGGCUCCAGGACUCCUUCCACAUCACCAUCUGAAGCCUCUGCCUCCGCUCCACACUUGCCUUCCCCCCCCCUUGUGUGUCAGCUGGCGAACCUGACUCCUGCAUCUUUUGCAAAAGACGUUCAGGGUGGCAAUGGAGGGGUUCAGUGAGAGGAGGGCUGUUCGCAUCGGGCAGUUUACAGCUGGCUCCGUCAUAAUCAAACGACCCCUGAGGAUAACUACCACCUUAUGCUUUGCAAUUAACCUGUGGGGGGGGUUAGCAUUCAAUCGCCGCCGGGAUGUCACAGAGCAAUCUUUCCAGAGAGAGAAAAAGAGGUUUGUGUGUGCAGCCAGUUCAGGAACAGAGUGCAAUUCAUUUUAGUCCUCUGGGCAAAUGGCGGACUUGGGGCUUUCAGAUUUCAGCGGCGCCCCGUGCAACGCCGAAAUCCGCCUCUUGCCUUCUGUUCUAAGUCCUUGUUGCAGCAUCCCCUCAGCUUGGCACCCGUUGCGGGUGAGCUGGCCGUGGUCCCCUAAAUGCGCCUCCGCUCCAGGGCAUAGAACCACAGAAUCGUAGAGUUAAGAGGGAACCCUGAGGGUCAUCCAGUCCAGCCCCCUGCAAUCUCGGCUGAAGCAUCCAUGACCCUCCGACCUCUGCUUAAAAACCUCCAAGGAAGGAGAGUCCACAACCUCCCGAGGGAGUCCGUUCCAGUGCCGAACAGCUCUUAACUGUCAGGAAGUCCUUCCUGGUGUUUAGUCGGAAUCUCCUUUCUUGUAACUUGAAGCCAUUGGUUCGGGUCCUGUGCUCCGGAGUAGGAGAAAACAGUGCCUGCCUCCAGUCCAAAGGCAGCUGCCACCAUCCUCUUCUCACUCAGAAAAAGGGGCUUAUGGGACAGAUGAGCCGCUGCAAUCUUUAGGAUGUAAGCAUCUGGCUUCCCAUUGGGGCCAACCAGGUUCCUGGAGGAGGGAUAGGGGAACCCUCUAGCCCUCCUUGGGCUACAGCCGCUGUCAUCCGUGGCCACUAGCCCUGUGGCCUCUGAGAGCAGCGUUGGGGGGGGGGUGUCUCCAAGUUUCCCCACCCCAGCCUAGAAGAAACCUCCCAGCAUUGCUGCCCAGCAGCGAUUGAUCUGACUCUGCAGCUGUGCCAGAAGGGAAAGUCUCUUGAGAGUCCUUCCAUUUCAAAGAAAAGCUGCAGCUCUGUUCCAUGUACAUGGUGCUUGAGGCAUAACUGAGGCCGUGGCCGUGGCUACCUCACUGUUUGUUUCUGGGGAAUGGCUCACACCUCAACUAGGCACUGUAUUUUCCAGCUGAAAGAGACUUCUUGGGGAUGGGGUAGCAGGAUUUCCCUCGGCCACCUCCCUCGCUUAGUGUCCCCACGGCUGCCACCCCAAAUCGGCUCUCUUUCUCUCUUUGGGAGAUGAAGACUACACAGGGCAAGCGGCAGAGCUCAGCCCUUGAAUUCAGGAUGUCCCAGGUUCAGUCCCUAGCAGCGCUUCCCCAGGUAGGCAACAGCCCCUUCCUGAGACCACGGAGAACAACUGCCAGUCAGUGUAGACAGUACUGAGCUAGAGAGGGACCAAGGGUCUGAUUCUGAAUAUAAGGCAGCUUCCUGUGUCUCUCUAGAGCAGUGUUUCCCAACCUUGGGUCUCCAACUGUUUUUGGACUACAACUCCCAUCAUCCCUAGUUAGCAAGACCAGUGGUCAGGGAUGAUGGGAAUUGUAGUCUGAAAACAGCUGGAGACCCAAGGUUGGGAAACACUGCUCUAGAUCAGGCAUCCCCAGACUUCGGCCCUCCAGAUGUUUUGGACUACAAUUCCCAUCUUCCCCAACCACCGGUCCACCGUCCCUCAGACCAUGUGGGGCGCCGGACUAUAUUAUUUGGGGUGGGGGUGGGGGUGGGAAUGAAUGAAUUCCUAUGCCCCACAAAUAACCCAGAGAUGCAUUUCAAAUAAAAGGACACAUUCUACUCAUGUCAAAACACGCUGAAUCCCAGACCGUCCUCGGGCCACAUUGAGAAGGCGAUUGGGCUGCAUCCGGUCCCCGGGCCUUAGGUUGCCUACCCCUGCUUUCAGACUACAGCUCCCAUCAUUCCUAGCUAGCAGGACCAGUGGUCAGGGAUGAAGGGAAUUGUAGUCCGAAAACAGCUGGAGACCCAAGGUUGGGAAACACUGCUCUAGAGGCUGAGCUCUGUCCCGGCCUCCACCCCAUCCCCAGUCCUUUGGAAGCAUCCCAAAACGGCGUAGCUGAAUAGGAACUUGCUGUGCACGAAGAAGCUUACUUGCUAGAUUUUUCUAGGCAGAGUUGCGUUUGCUGGAUUAAUUAUUAGUGCCUCGGCCGCGUUACCUAAAAAGCGGCCUCUUUAAAAUAUUUAAUUAUAUAUGAUUGUUCUGGGCUUUUUUGUUUUAAUUUUAAGGCCUUGAAAUACUAGGGUUGGGGCAGAUCUCUGCUUCUCCCCCCAUCCCGCACUAUAUAACUGGGUACAAAUUUUGGACGGCUAAGUUAAUAUAUUGUUUUGUUUAUUUUUAACGGGGCAUUUUUGCAACGGAGCCCAUUGCAACCGUGGCGUGAAUCCAGGGAAUAAAAUGACCUCGCAGAACCAGGUUCUUGUCUGUGUUUCAUUCCAAGCUGGGGCAGGAGUGAGGAUCCUGGUUUUGAACAACCUCUAAAGAGAUCUCUUGCAGUUGAUGAUGGGCCAUAGAAUCAUAGAGUUGGAAGAGACCACAAGGGCCAUCCAGUCCAACCCCCUGCCAAGCAGGAAACACCACCAAAGCAUUCUUGACAUAUGCCUGUCAAGCCUCUGCUUAAAGACCUCCAAAGGAGGAGA